CAGAACCGCGCCUAACACCUCGCAGUCUUGCGACACACGCCUCAAAAAUCCAGCGAAGAAAGGCAUACUGGCAACGAGAGCGGAAAGGGUUCUGCUUCAGUCUUUUACUGCAGAAACGACCGACCACAGCAGCAGCAGAAACAAGGGAAGAAUCUAACAGGCUGCAGAAGCAGUGAGACUGGGAGUGGAAGCUGGCCUGCAGAGAGACUCUGCUGCUUCAGGAGAGUCUGAGGUUUCAAUCCUGUCCCUUGGGAGAGAGAGAGAGAGAGAGAGAGAGAGAGAGAGGGAGAAGGCCCGAAGCGUGUAGACAAGAGAAGCACUCCUGCAAGCCACUGAUCACACCAUUGACUGAUUAUAGUAAGGGCUGCAUUAAUAAGGGAUUGAGUUCGUUACUCUGUGGAUAGAUUACCUUAUCAGUUCAUUAAAUAGUCAGAAUAGGUGAUUUAGUGUAUUAGUUGAUUGAAUAAUUAAUAGCAAAUAAAUUGACGUUGAAACAUUACAUGAUUAAAACAUAAAAAACACAACGCAAAGAUGCCUGUGAUUAGCCCCACAUUCGGCUCGUCCCCUCUGCUCUUCGCACGCCUAGCAGCCGUCCUCUUCACCUGCGUGACAUUCAGCCUGGUGGUGCACCACGGGGGUUACGUUGGUGGCUCGGGGGACUGGUGCCUGUUCUGCUGGUGUUUCAGCUUCGUGGGCAGCCUGGUCGUGCUGCUGGUGGAGCUGCUGGGGCUGCAGAGCCGUGCGCCCGUCUCUUGGCGCAACUUCCCCAUCACCUUCGCCACAUACGCAGCACUGUUCUGCCUCUCCGCCUCCAUCAUCUACCCGCUUUACUUUCUGAAGGGCCAGCAUAGCUCCUCGGGGAGCGAUAGGGACUACCGCAUCGCUGCCUCCGUGUUCUCCUGCCUGGCGACGCUGGCAUACAUGGUGGAGGUGUCCCUGAGCCGGGCUCGGCCCGGGGAGGUGGCAGGGUACAUGGCGACCGCGCCGGGACUGCUGAAGGUGUGCGAGACCUUCGUGGCGUGUGUGAUCUUCGUGUUCCUGGACCAUGCCUACGAGCGCCACGCCGCUCUGAAGUGGUGCCUGGCGGUGUACUGCAUCUGCUUCAUCGUGUCGGCCGCAGUGAUCGUGCUCUGCGUGGGCGAGUGCACCGGCUGCCUGCCCUUCCCCUUCAACCGCUUCCUGAGUGCCUACGCCCUGCUGGCGGUGCUCCUGUACGGCACGGCCACCAUCAUCUGGCCCGUCUUCAACUUCGACAGCAACCACCUGGCUGCGCGGCGCGACCGCUCCUGCGGGCAGGGCCGCUCCCUCUGCUUUUGGGAGAAGCUUGUUGCUGUCUCUGUUCUCACCGCACUCAACUUCCUGCUCUACCUCGCUGACCUCUUCUACUCGGCUAGGCUGGUCUUUAUCAAGGUUUAG